AUGACCAUCAACUCCAUCUCCCCCAGCCAUGUCUGGAAACGCCAGAAUCCGCCUAAAUCCCCUGGAUUCGACUGGGAAAUGUACCGCUACACGCCCUCCCUCGCAGGCACUAUAAUCUGCAUCGUCGUCUUCACAAUCAUGGCACUGCUUCACCUAACUCGCUUCUUUCGAUGCAAAAACCGUAUUGUUAUCUUUCUUGUCAUUGGCGCUUUAUGCGAAGUAGGAGGCUACAGCGCACGCAUAGCUUCACAUUUCAACAAUCAAGCCUGGGGCCCGUUUAUCGUGCAGGGAGUGCUGUUGUUGAUUGGACCGCUGUGGUUCGCGGCGACGGUGUAUAUGAUGCUUGGUCGUACAAUUCGGACGGCGGGUGCGGAGGAGGUUGUGGGUGGGCGGGCAAGGUGGUAUACUGUGGGUUUUGUUACCGCAGAUGUUACAACGUUGGUUGUGCAGGGGUUGGGUGCUAGUAUCAUGGGUACGAUGCAACUUUCGCUCGCUAUAGCGGGUGAGAAGAUUGUUAUUGCGGGGCUUGCAUUGCAAGUUGCUACGUUUGUGUUCUUUCUAAUUGCAGCGGGUGAUUUUCACCUAAGGAUGAGGAGGCGUGUUGCUAGGGCUUCUAUGCCUGUGACCGAUACGCCAUGGGAGAGGAUGCUGUAUAUUCUUUACAGUGUCAGUGCGCUCAUUCUCCUCCGCUGUGUGUUCAGAUUGAUCGAGUAUUCGAUGGGGAAUGCGGCAUAUCUCAUUGCGCAUGAGUGGACGCUGUAUUGCUUUGAUGCGGUACCGAUGUUUCUAGUCCUUGUGUUAUUGCUAUUAUUUGAGCCUCCACGGAAUGUAGCGCAGGCUGGGAAAGUGCAAGUGCAGAUCGAUUGCGAGGCUAGAGAGGUAAAGUAA